AAAAAACUAACAUUUUUCACAUUCAACUACAUGAGCCAUACGACAUCGUAUCGGGGCUUUAGCAGAUAAGCUUGGCGUUGACGAUGCCACGGUGGCGGCCGGCGACAAAAGGACUUGAAAAAUGAGAGCUCAUCUGGCUGUGUUGUCUUCAGGCUUUUCUCCCCCACGAUCUUCUGCAUACACGCCCUUCCUGCUGCAACGCCAUCGACCUUUCUUACUCCAUAAGGCCGCGACUAUUUACAGCCUCCCACUCUCUAAAUUCCACCACCCUUCACGUACAACCACUGCUUCAGCUUCAUUCAUGGCCGCCUCUCUUCAACCCGGACAAGCUAGGGUUCCUCCAGCUAUCAAGCUACCCGUCCCUCCCGUCACUAAGUUUAAGAUUGGUCUUUGCCAAUUGUCUGUGACGGCGGAUAAGGAAGUAAACAUUGUUCAUGCUAGAACUGCAAUUGAAGAGGCUGCGGAGAAGGGAGCCAAGCUCAUACUUUUGCCCGAAAUAUGGAACAGUCCAUAUUCAAAUGACAGCUUCCCAGUUUAUGCUGAAGACAUUGAUGCUGGUCCAGAUGCAUCUCCUUCAACUGCCAUGCUUUCUGAAGUUGCUCGUCUUCUAAAGGUCACAAUUGUUGGCGGUUCAAUACCAGAACGAAGUGAAGAUAAGCUGUACAACACCUGCUGUGUCUUUGAUAGUCAGGGAAAUUUAAAAGCAAAACACAGAAAGAUACAUCUUUUUGAUAUUGAUAUUCCUGGGAAAAUAACUUUUAUGGAAUCGAAGACUCUCACGGCUGGGAAAACUCCUACAAUUGUGGAUACAGAGGUUGGACGAAUUGGUAUAGGCAUUUGUUAUGAUAUUCGAUUUCAGGAGCUAGCUAUGCUAUAUGCAUCAAGAGGCGCUCACUUGAUCUGCUAUCCCGGUGCCUUUAACAUGACUACUGGACCACUCCACUGGGAAUUACUACAGAGGGCAAGGGCUGCAGAUAAUCAGCUUUAUGUAGCAACAUGUUCACCUGCUCGAGAUGCUGGCGCCGGAUAUGUGGCUUGGGGGCACUCUACACUUGUUGGACCAUUCGGGGAAAUAGUAGCUACCACUGAGCAUAAAGAGGCAAUAAUAAUAUCGGAGAUAGAUUAUUCACAAAUUGAACUUAGGAGGACAAAUCUGCCAUUGGAGAAGCAAAGGCGCGGUGAUCUUUACCAGUUAGUGGAUGUCGAGAGAUUGGAUUGUCAGUGAACAUUGUCGCUAUAAUUAUCAGUUGCACAAAAUCUAGCGAUGGAGUAGAUAGUAAUAAUCCAUUGGCAACUGUACUUUCUGCUUGAAGAAGAAUAUUGCUAAUUCUUCAUGCACGACAAUAGAUAGUAAUAAUCCAUUGGCAACUGUACUUUCUGCUUGAAGAAGAAUAUUGCUAAUUCUUCAUGCACGACACGGAAUUUCUUGAAAGAAACUGGGAAGUGAUAAACUCUAGCAUGUGCUGCCUUUUGAGACUGAAUAAGAGAAUAAGAGAAAUUCUCUUUUUGUUCCAUGCUCCACUUUAUUUUAGGGGCGGGUUUGGUUUUUUCGGCCCAAUUUUUACCCAAAUGUAUAAGUAAACAAGUUUUGAAAUUCUAUUCUAUUGCUAUAUUUUCUUUCUAAAAUAUGAGUCGUUACUGUCAUGAUUGAAAACUACAUACAUUAGUAACUAUUGUCAUGUUUAAUGCAUAAUAGUGCAACUAUUUGGC